GGAAGCUAAUGUAGUAAAGAAAUGAUUACUAAGCAAGCAGUGGGUGUGUGCGCGUCUAAUUGAGAAAUUGAAUGAUAGUAGCAUGGCUUGUGCGGGGAGUACUAUUCUAAGCAGUGGCAUCUUCAUCAGUAAUGCUAAUAAUCCUAAUCCUAAUAGAUACUCCGUAAUAAGCAGCUCAUAUUUUAAUAAACCAUUACACCACAAAUUGAGCAACAACACAACGCCAUUAUUACCAACCACAAAGAGGGGACUAUUAAGAAUAAGAGGAGCAAGUGAAAAGGAAUCAAGCAGCAGCAUGGCAACUGAGAUAGCUGGAGUCAAAGUCAUUAACAAUCCUCCUGAAUCUAAACUCACUGACCUCGGUGUCAGAUCUUGGCCCAAGUGGGGCUGCCCUCCAAGCAAAUUUCCAUGGACAUAUUCUGCCAAAGAAACAUGUUACUUGCUGAAAGGAAAGGUGAAGGUUUACCCUGAUGGGUCUAAUCAGGCUGUUGAGAUAGGCGCAGGCUACUUGGUUGAGUUCCCCAAAGGAAUGAGCUGCACUUGGGAUGUUUCUGAAGAAGUGGACAAGCAUUAUAAAUUUGAGUAAAUGAGUUGGGUCACCAGAUCCUUCUUAUAACAAAUUAUGUAUCAAAUGCAGAAUGUUUUAAUUUGUCAUUUGGGGAUGAUAAUUAGACGGCUCUGAUGUUAUACAGUAUACGCAUAACAUUAGAUACCCGAUAUCUUGGACUGCGUAUGUAUUAGGAUUUCUCCCUUCACCAGAUUAGGGUUAUGCUGUUGUCAUUUCUACAUUUCACUGUUAGGAGUUCGGAUAUCAUUGAGGUUUAUGUACUAGUUAUCUGUAUGCCAUAAUAAAAGAGCAUUUGGCUAGUAA